UUAACAAAAUUUAUUUGAUUAUACUUAUUUAUACUUACAAAUUACAUUAUUAAUUUCAUUUUCAUUCAGAUUGAAGCUCUUCGAGUACAAUUAGAAGAAAGAGAAGCUCUUUUUCAUGAACAAGUAGAUGCACUAACAAAUGAUUGUAAUAUUAUAAAACAAGAAGCAGAAGUUCAAAGAUUGAGAGAUUCUGAACAUAUUAAAUAUCUUACUGAUAGAUUGAAACAAACAACCGAAUUAUUACAAUUAACGACACGUGAUUACGUCAACUUCAGGAAGUCAGUUUGGAAUACUGAGACAGAUUGGUCCCUUGAGAGAGCACAGUUAAUUGAUGAAAUUAAUAAUAUUAAAAUAAAUAUUAAAAAACAAAGAGAAAAAGCUUCUCUUAUGGAAGAAUUGUCAGCUGUAAAACAUGAAUUACAAGGACAUAAUCAACAAACUUAUUUAUUAGAUGAAAUUAACAAAUUAAAAGAAAUUCUAAAUCAGUUUACAAUUCCUCUUCCUGAAGAAAUGAAAAUUAUUAAAGAACAGCUUAUAAAGUGUAUUGAACAGGUAGAAUUACAAAAGGAACUCUGUAAUAAUAGUUUGGAUCUCAGUAAUAAAACACUUAGUCUUUGUAAAAAGCAUAUACUUCAAAAAUAUUGUGAACAAUUAAAAAAUAAUUUGACAUCAUUAAUAGAACAAAUUAAUGAUAUUAGUGAGGGAGCAAAAACUGUUAAUAGGAAAAAUUCUGAACAAGAGAUUAAAAUGCUUAAGCUUCAGAAUGACCAAAAAGAAAGUUUGGUAUCUAUUAAAGAAUAUUUAAAUAAUAUUUCAAAAGCAUUUACUUCCUUAGAACAGGAUAGCCAAGAAAACAGUGAUAUACAAAUAAAAAAAUCUUCAUUGGAUACUAUAAAAAGACAGUUAUCUAAAGAUACUGACUCCUCUGCAACUAAGAAAGUAUCCAAAAUAUCUGAAAAAGAGAAAAAUAGUCAGGAAAUAAAGUUAUCAAAACAACCUGAUUCUUCAGCAAGUAGAAGUAGAAAAAGUGCUAGGAUUUCUAAGUUCAUUCCUUCAACAAGUACAACUAAGUUGACAAAAAAUAUUGAAAUUUCUGAGGNUAGUGAAUAUUAUUCAUUUUAA